AUGGCGCCCUGGUGUGGUGGCGACAGCUCGAGCCUGUCACUCGAGCUGUCGGAGCCUCGGUUUGCUCAUCUGUGCAACUGGGGCGACGACGUGGACCAUGAUUAUUUUACAGGCCCUUCGGAAAGUGAAGACGACACAACUGUCAGUGGCCGCCACGCGGCAGGUGCAGCGUCUCUGCCUGAGUCUCUGCCGCGCGGCGACAACGACCGGCCAAGGCCUGUGGCCCUGGAUUACACAAGGGCGCACACCCCACCGAGUGAGCUGGAAGCCCCGGGGGAAGGCCGCCGCCGCGGCGCCCACAUGACCAGAGCCACCAGGGUCCCUGCGGACCGGCCCGUGCGCAUCGCCUUCAGCCUCGACGGCGCCCCAGAUGACACGCCGCCCGAUGACGCCGCUCCCUUGGUCUUCCCGGAGUUAGACCAGCAGCUACAGCCGCUGCCGCCCCGCCACGACUCGCUGGAGUCCAUGCAGGUGUUCCGGCAGCACUGCCGCAUCGCGGAGGAGUACCACGAGGUGCGCAAGGAGAUCGCGCUGCUGGAGGAGAGGAAGAAGGAGCUCAUGGCCAAGCUGGCGCAGGCGGAGAAGGAGAAGGUGGACGCGGCUCAGCUGGCCCGCGAGUUCGAGGCGCUGACCGAGGAGAACCGCGCCCUGAAGCUGGCCCAGUCCCAGUGCGUGGAGCAGCUGGAGAAGCUGAGGGUCCAGUACCAGAAGAGGCAGGGCUCGUCCUAG